AUGCCGUGGAAUUGGUUCUUAGAAUUUAAAACUAAAAUUAAACACAUCAACUUAUUUCAAGAUAUUGAUCAAACAAAUGAAGAAGAUAUCAAAAAUCAAAAAAUAUCGACAGUUAUUUUUCUUAUUCUGUUUACAAUAUCAAUUGUUGCACUCUUUCUCUAUUCAUCCUUGGCUCCCAUAACAAAUACGGUAGUUAUUAAACAACCGUCUUUAUCCGAUUAUAAACAAUUAGAAGAAAAAUAUUCAAAUACAUUAUUAUGUGCAUGUACAAGUGUUUCUAAUGAGUACAACAAAUUCAUUUCAUCAUUUACACCUACUUUCAAUCAAGUCUGUUCAGGUGAUUUUGUUAGUGACAAAUGGCUCAAUUAUGUUAAUUAUCGUUUAUUUCUUGAAACACAAUAUCAUUUUUAUUGGGAUUUUCGUCAUACAGCUUAUGGAUUAUUUGAUAUGUUACGUACACUUUGUGUAUUAGCUAAACAAACAAUUGAUGAUCAAUUAAUUUCAUUUUAUUCUACAAUUUUACUUACAGAAAAUACCAUUUCAGAAGAUAUUUUUUUAGCUAAUAUAAACGCAACUCGUGAUCAAUUUAUAGCUACGAGUGCAAAUGAUUUUAUAAUUAUACUUGACUCAGUUCUAUUAAUGGGAUUCGUUAAUAAUAAGGUACAGAAUCGAUUAAACACAAAUUGGCUAUAUUUUCUUGAUUUAUACCAGAACUACAGCCGAAAAAACCAAGGUUGGUCACCAACACUUUGGUUAGAUAGACAUUGUGCACCGGAAGACGCUCCAUACUGUACUACAACAUCAGGUAUUUACUUAAGAAAACUUUCCAAUGAGACAUCAUCUCAUUUAUACUGGGGAAUAGCACAUCGAGCAGAAUUACAAUUCGAAGUUCCAGGUGUACUUGUAGGUAGUUCCAUACUCAAUGGUGUUCUUCAAUCAAAUCUGUCAUGUUUAUAUAGUAAAAGUUGUUUAUCGAAACUAAACACAUAUUUAAAUGAUUCACUUUAUCCAUUUAAUGCAACACCUUUAGCAGUGCCUUCUUCUGCUUCACCUCUUCCAACCAUUAAUGAUGCAGCCAAAAAAUUAAUGGUGGAUUCUUGGCAACUAAAUUCAUCUUAUCAACAUUAUUUCAGUGCAUGCAAUCCAUUAACUUGCACAUAUACUUAUACUCAUCAGUUUGAUAUUCUUUUUAUUAUUACGACUGUUAUUUCUUUUAUUGGUGGAAUUGUAACAGUUCUUAUGAUCAUAAUAUUACCGGCAGUGAAAUUCUUAAGAAAACAAGUUAAAACUGUCAGCCGAUUGUUAUCAUUAUCAGAAGUUGUACCACAUGAAACUAAUAUUGAACGGCAAGCUGUUGGUGAUAUCACUGAGCAAAAAGUUUCAUUAUUUGUUAAAAUAAAAAUAUUUUUGCUCGACCUUAACUUUUUCUCAGAUUCAGAUGAAAACAGUGAAUGGCACUUAUAUGGUCAACGUCUUUCAACUCGAUUCUUCAUCGUUUCAAUAAUUAUUGCAUUUUCUAUACUUAUUCUCUAUGCAUCCACAUAUUCUGUUACAAAAACGAUCACCAUUAAUAAACCCUCGAUCGAUGUUUAUUUCACUCUUCAAGGUAAAUAUCCUCAAACAUUGACCUGUCCAUGUUCGUCAACUACGAAUGAACAGUCUCAAUUCAUAUCAUUUCAACCUACACAACAUCCAGUUUGUCAUUCAGAUUUUAUUACAGAUAACUGGACUAACUAUUUGCACACAACGAACAGCGAAGACCUAAAUCAGUUCGAUUUUCGUUACAACAGUGCAGUAUUCUUUCCAAUUAUUUUAUCUUUUUGUCAACUAUCAUUGAAAACAAUCAAUAAUGAAAUACUCAUAUUCAAUUCAACAAAAUAUGUUUCAAAAUAUAUAAAAGGAAUAGAUCUAUUUGAUUCUCAAACACAACAGCUCAUCCGUAAUAUGAAACAGACAACAGUGAAUUCACUUCAACUUUCAAUUUCAAUGUUACGUCAAACAGUUUGGGGAAAUGGAUUGUUUUCUACUGUGUCUUAUUACGAUGCACCUGACCCGACGAUUCAUUAUAAUCGUAACUCAACAAUAAAUCUUGUAUUUUUCCCACUUAUUUAUCACUCUAGCUCUAACACAACAUGUUCAUGUAAAAUCCAUCCAACUACAUGCAAUGAAUUAUCUAACAUCACUUAUGUUAACGGCACGGUUCGUGAUUCGCCGUUAUACAAUCUAUUUACUGUUCCUGGUUAUUAUGUUGGUUGUUAUGCGAGUGAAUCAAUAUUUCGUUCUAAUUUUGAAUGUUUUUUUAAUCAAACAUGUUUACAAACAAUCUAUGACUUAAUACAUUUAACAUCAUACUAUCCAUUUAAUGCAACUGCUAUGCAAUUAAAUAGCAGUCAUUAUAAUGUAACAACAAGUGUACAAGAUAUUAUUGAUAAUUUAAUGAUUGAAGAAUGGAAUAAUGAAACAUCAUUUCAGUUUUAUUAUAAACAAUGUAAUCCAUAUUUAUGUUCAUAUUCAUAUGAUGUUAAAGGCGAUAUUAGUUAUGUAAUUGCAAUUACAUUCGGUUUAAUUGGUGGAUUAACAACUAUUUUAAAAAUAAUAAUUCCAUUUAUUGUAUUAAUGAUUAGACGAUGGCGACAAAAAAGAAAAAUUAAUACCAAUCAAUCAAUGAUUAAUCAAGUAUUUUAUGUUUCUUUUCAAAAUGUUACACAUACGAUUAUUAAGAAUAAUCCAACAAUUAUUGAAUUUAAUAAACUUUAUCAAGAAUAUCCAAAUACUGUUCAAUGUCCAUGUGAAACAUAUUCAAUUACAUAUGAAGAAUUUGUUACAUUUCGACCUCAUUUACAUUCAAUUUGUUCAAGUACAUUUGUUGAUGAAACUUCACAAUGGCUUGUAAUUGACUAUCCACAAACAAUAACACCAUUUGGUAUGAUUAACAAUGCUGUACCAACAUAUUCUACUCGGAAAGAUGAUUUUCGACAAAUUGGAAGUCCAUUUUUUCAACUUUUGAAUUCAUUUUGUAAAUUAUCACCGAAAACAAUCAAUGCAGAAUUAACAACAUUUUAUUCAAGUAGAUUUAUUACAUUAAAUUUAAUUACAUUUGAACAAUUUCAAAUUCAAAUAAAUCAAUUAAUUAAUCAAUUAUUACAAAAUACAGCGCGUUCAUUUAUUAACUCACUCUUUCUUGCGGAAAAUAUGACUGCAUCGAGUAUGUUAGCUUCUGCAUUUCAAUCAGAUUCAUUGUUUUCAUUAGCAACUCCAUUAUAUGAUGCGAACUAUCGAGGUCUUGAAUAUCAAUAUCAAAUAAUUUAUGAUCGAGUAGAUGAAAUAUACAAUUCAAAUGAAACUGGAAUUGAUUGUGAUUGUCAAAGUACACCAUGGUGUAUUCAACAAGCAAUUGUUUAUGAUUUAGAUACAAUAACACAACUGUUUUCUCCACCAGGUAUAUUUGUUGGAUGUUAUCUUGUUGAAGCAGUUUUACAAAGUGAUCUAAGAUGUUUCUUCGAUAUUGAUUGUUUACAACAGUUGAUCGAUAGUUUAUCUUUAGUAAAUAUCAGUGCAUCAGAUAUUAUUUUAAAUUCAACAGCAAGUCAUUAUCAAGAAAAAAGUUCUUUACUAGAAAUUGUUUCAAAUUUAAUGGUUGAAGAAUGGAAUAAUCAAACAUGUUAUGAUAACUAUUUUAAUAUAUGUCAACCAUCAGUUUGUACAGCAACAUAUGUUAGCCGUGGAAAUAUUAUUUAUAUUAUAACAACAACUAUAGGAUUGAUUGGAGGAUUAACAACAGUCUAUAAAUUUGUUGUACCAAUAUUCAUAAAGAUUAUUGUACGUGUGAUCAUCCCGUUUAUACGAAACAAAUGUGGUAUGAACAACAAUGGAGAGAUAUGA